CUUUGGAAAGCAACAUGGCGGCACUCGCCGGAUCUCCGUCCGCCUCUCUGCCUUCCUUGGCGACGGCCGCCCCGAGUCCGGCCCCGCCGCCGCUUCUUGGCCCGCCUGGCUACCGGCCUUUCGAGCCCGAAGCGCUGGGGCUUAGCCCGGGCUGGAGGCUCACCAGCUACGGAGAGCUGCGGGGCUGAGGCUGCAAAGUCCCCCAGGAGACGCUGCUCAGACUCCUGGAGGGACUCGGCGGCCCACCUUCCGGAUUGGCCGGAGCAGGGGAGGCGGCUGCGGCUGUAGCCGCUGGAAGCCCCGCUCCUACCAUUGGCAUUGGAAUGGAUUCCUGUGUGAUCCCCUUGAGACACGGAGGUCUCUCCCUUGUACAGACGACAGACUUCUUUUAUCCACUGGUGGAGGACCCUUAUAUGAUGGGUCGCAUUGCCUGUGCCAAUGUGCUCAGUGACCUCUACGCUAUGGGCAUCACAGAGUGUGACAACAUGCUUAUGCUGCUGAGUGUGAGCCAGAAAAUGACUGAUGAGGAGCGGGACAAAAUCAUGCCACUGAUAAUUAAGGGCUUCCGGGAUUCAGCAGAAGAUGGUGGCACUUCAGUAACUGGUGGACAGACAGUCUUAAAUCCUUGGAUUAUUGUUGGAGGAGUUGCAACAGUUGUAUGUCAGCCCAAUGAAUUCAUUAUGCCAGACAGUGCAAUUCCAGGGGAUGUGCUUGUGCUCACCAAGCCACUGGGGACUCAGGUAGCUGUGAAUGCGCACCAGUGGCUAGAUAACCCAGAGCGAUGGAAUAAGAUUAAACUGGUAGUUUCCAGAGAAGAUGUUGAACUGGCUUACCAGGAAGCUAUGUUUAGUAUGGCCAUGCUGAACAGGACAGCUGCCAGUUUGAUGCACACCUUUAAUGCUCAUGCUGCCACAGAUAUAACAGGCUUUGGGAUUCUGGGCCAUGCACAGAACCUAGCCAAGCAGCAGCGCAGUGAGGUGUCAUUCGUCAUCCAUAAUCUGCCUAUCAUUGCCAAGAUGGCUGCUAUCAGCAAAGCAUGUGGUAACCGAUCUAGGCUCCUACAAGGGACAUCCCCAGAGACAUCUGGGGGUCUACUAAUCUGCUUACCCCGGGAACAAGCUGCCCGCUUCUGUGCCGAGAUAAAAUCUCCUAAAUAUGGAGAAGGACACCAAGCUUGGAUCAUUGGUAUUGUGGAAAAAGGCAACCAGACAGCUCGGAUCAUCGACAAGCCUCGUAUUAUUGAAGUGACACCCCGUGGGGCCAGUGCUUCCCCUCAGGAUAACAAUUCCAGUGCCAGCCCUGAAGCUGCUUCAUGAGGCGGCAAAAUGGCGUUCUUCUAUCCACUGUAGAGUCUGGAAUUGAAAAUAGUGACACUGAGGCUCUGGAUCAGCGCACAUGCCUUCUUUAGCACAAAAAUCCCCCUGAAUAUUGUCUCCUUACUGGUUGGUGGCCCCUGCUUCUAAUGUAAUUGGUUUCAAAGCCAUUUCCUGCAAACAGGUACAUUGCUGGCACUGUUGAUUUGAAGAUGGUAACUUGAAUUAUUUAUUCAAAUAGUUCUACCUGUUCUUGAGCUCUCCCAGCUUUUGGUCAGACUGAGCAGCUGGCUCAAAAGGAGGGUGGGUGAUUUAAAAAGCCAUUUGGCUGGGCCAGAAGUCUCUCCUCUCUUCAUGAAGCACCUCCUUUAAAUCCCACUUGUGGGCUUGGAGGAGCAGAGGAAUCCUAGAGGAGCAGCACCAAGCUCAGCUUCAUGGAUUGUUCCCUGGAUUGUAAAUUAUUGGUGAUUUGAGUUAAUAAACAAGCUGAUUUCUA